AUGUUGCUUAUUUUAUUAAUAGUAAAUUUGAUUACAUCAUCUGCUGCUUACACAUUUGUUGGAGAAACUCCAUGCACUGGAUUAAUCAGUACUGCCUGCACUUAAAGUAUAAUUUCUGGUAUUGGAUAUUGUUAUUGGGAAACGUAAUUUAUCACAAUAUAUGUAUAAGUACUUGUCAAACACUUCCAUGUUAUAUGAUAGAUGAAGUAGCUUCUUGUAGAACCGGUUCUGGAUUACCAACUGGAGGUGCAUCCAAUUUAUGUGAUUCUUUAGAAACUUUUAGUUUACAAUAUGAUAAUGUUUGUUGUGAUAAAUCAGAAGGAAAACUUAAUUAUGCUUUUGUAAGAUUUAGUAAAACAAAUGAUGGUUUUUAUGAUAAAGCUAGUGAUGGAACAACUUUAUUGAGUUCUCUAAUAGCAUAAACUUCAGCAACUAUGUUUUAAUUGUAUACAGUAAAUCCUUGGAAAAUAAUGCCAUCCUUUACUACUAGUUUACCAACAUUUACAAAUUUUGAAACAUAGUUAGGAAAUAUAUUAGAUAGAUAUAUAGCAUUAGCGACUGCAUUAUAAGAUUAACCAGAUUCGCAUCCUUUUUAUAUAGAAAGAACUGUUUAUUAAUCAUUAUAAUUGUUAAGAGUAUAUAAACUAAUUAUAUUAGGAUUUUGUUGUUUUAUUAACAACUCCUUAAAACACUAUGAGAGAUAAUUUAAUUAAAAAAAUAUGGUCAGUUGCUUUGAUUGGAUUAUAUAGAAUGGUUAAGUUUUAGCCUAAUUAUUAUCAAACUAAUUACUAUUUUAUCAACUUUGCCAUUAUACCUUAUUCAAGGAAUUCAUUAACAGUUAAUGGACAAUAGCAUUCCACAAAAAUAGAUUGGUCAGAUUAUACUUAUACUAUAAAUGGAUAUUUAAUGGUGUAUUCAUUCCCUCCUGAAAUGUUUGGAAUUAGAAAUGCCUAUUCAGAUGUUAUUUGUUUAAGACCAACUAUUAUCAAUCCACCUGUUUAUAGUGCAUCUGAGAAUAAUUUUGAUAUUCUAUUUAAACCAAUAACUAUUACUUGGUCAUGGACUGAUACUUCUUUAACUGUUGUAGCUGCCAAUCUUAAAUUAUUUCAAUUUCCCAUUAGUGAUGCAUUAGAAGCAUCUAUUACUUAAGAAUCUGGAGUCACUUUUACUUGUAAUUUAGGUGCUAAAUAUUGUGUAUCUACUAGUAUUACAUCAACACCUCCAAAUACUGGAAUUAAUUAUUUUAUAUCAGCCGGAUUAGGAACUGUAGGUGAUAAAAAUAAAGUUUAGUGUAGAUUAUAAGGAAAAUCAUGGUCGGGUACAAUUUGUACAUGA